CAUCGUUCCGAGGACUGAUAAAAUAAUAUGUAAAACUACAAUCAGUGGGGAGAUUGGGUUAAUAUUCCCCAAAAAAGUAUUCUAGGAGAGAAGGAAACGGAGUUAUUAUUAAAGGCGACUAAAGACUAAAGAUUAAUAAAAAUUAGUGCGAACCGGUUUACGACAGUUGGGUGUUAGCAACGUCGAUCGGUUUAUGGCAGUGGACUUCCGGUUUCUCGUCGAGGAACCUCAGUGUUUUGGGUGAGACGAGCGACGAAAGACCGAGGGAAAUAACAACAACAACCAUAAUUAUUAGAAUAAUACAUCAAUCAGUCAAAGGAUGGAGUCCCCGCCGCCCUUAGAGACGGUGCACCAGGCACUUCAAGCUUUGUACAACAACCCAGACGUUAGUGGCAAGGAGAAUGCAUCUGUGUGGCUGGGAGAACUUCAAAGAUCGGUUUUCGCAUGGCAAGUUGCGGACCAACUUCUGACUGUCAAUCGAGAUCUUGAAUCCUGUUAUUUUGCUGCUCAAACAAUGAGGACAAAGAUACAAUGUUUCUUUCAUGAAUUACCAGCAUCAUCACACUCAUGUUUAAGAGAUUCCUUAUUAAACCAUGCCAGUAAAAUAAAUCCAGAAACUGCGCCUGUGAUAGUAACUCAGUUAUCCCUUGCAGUUGCUGAUCUUGCAUUACAAAUGGGAACAUGGAAGCGAGCGGUUGUGGAUUUGAUCGAGAGAUAUGGACAGAAUGCACAACAGCUUCCAUUUCUACUGGAAGUGCUGACAGUAUUACCUGAAGAGAUCGGUAGUAAAGCUCUACGUCUUGGUGCCAACAGACGGAUGGAAGUCUCUUACGAUCUGCUCAAAACCUCACCCGUUGUUGUACAACUUCUAACAGCAUGUAUAAAAAAUAACCAGUAUGAGACCCGACUUCAAAUGAAGAUUUUCCGUUGUCUUGGGAGUUGGUUCAAUAUAAAUGCAGUUUCACAGGAGGAAAUUGUCAACUCAGCAGUUUUGCACACAGCAUUUCAUGUAUUGUCGGUCAAGGAUUGUCCUUCCAAUCUCCACGAAGCUGCGGCUGAUUGUAUCUGUUCAGCAUUGUGUAGCGUAGAGGAAUUGGGAAAAAAUCUGGAUUUAGCAAAAGCUCUGUUCCAAGGUGUUUUAACUUUGCAAGAAGCCUACCACAUAUCGGUGGCACAGGAGGACGCUGACAAAACAAUCAAUUAUUGUAGAAUUUUUGCAGAAAUGGCUGAAUCUUUUUUACCUGCUAUAAUUUCUAGUCCAAACCAGGGUCUUGGUGACUUUACAUCCUUAGAUCUGCUUUUAACGUGUGUAGGCCAUCACUUAUAUGAAGUUGCAGAAAUCACUUUCAAUUUUUGGUAUCGUCUUUCGGAAGAACUCUACCACAAAAAUGAUUCCCAGAUGAAUGAAAUAUUCCGUCCCUAUAUUCAGAGAUUGAUUGUAGCUUUAUGUCGGCAUUGUCAACUUGAACCCGAUCACGAAGGUGUCCCUGAUGAGAGUUCAGAUUUUGGAGAGUUUAGAACGAGAGUCUCUGAAUUAACGAAGGAUAUUAUAUUUAUUGUUGGACCAUCAGUUUGUUUUACACAGAUGUUUACAACUCUGCAGUCACAAUCCGUUAGCAGUUCCUGGGAUAUUGCUGAGGCAGGUCUGUUUCUGAUGACUGCUGUUGCCAAAAAUGUUUCUCCAGAUGAAAAUGAUGUCCCCCAGGUAAUUGAAGCUAUGUUGUCGUUACCAGCUGACUGCCACGUCGCGGUCAGGUAUACCAGUAUCCAGUUAAUUGGAGAACUCUGUGAAUGGAUUGAGAAACAUCCUCACCUUUUAGAUCCUGUUCUACAGUUUCUCUUAGCGGGUCUCCAACAGUCUCUCUUGGCAUCAGUGUCUGCAACUGCUCUCCAGAGUAUCUGCACUGCUUGUCGUUCCCAAAUGAGAGAACACUUUGAUGGCCUUCUUCAGAUAGCACAAGCCAUGGAUUCUUUUAAUUUAUCCAACGAUGCUGCCAUUGGCCUGCUUAAAGGAACUGCAACCAUCUUGACUCAAUUACCGUAUGAAAAUGUUGGAGAAGGAUUGAAGAAAUUGUGCUCUUUUCAGUUGACUCCAUUAAAUAAGCUAAUUAAUGAAGGAGAGGUCAAUGUAAAGCAAGGCAGUAGCCAUGACCCAACACUUUGGUUGGAUGGGUUAGCAGCAAUUUUCAGACAUCUUAACCCAUCAGUUCCAAAUGGUCAACCUCAUCCUUGCCAGUCUGUCAUUCAGGAGAUAUUUCCAGUUCUGUCUCAAGCUUGUGAUAAAUACCAAUCAGAUGUCCGUAUUGUGGAACGAUGUUGUCGCUGUAUUCGCUUUGCCAUUCGUUGUCUUGGUAAGAACUCGGCAUCUGUUUUACAACCAUUAGUAACUCAGAUGGUUACUCUGUAUCAAGUCCAUCAACACUCCUGUUUUCUUUAUCUUGGAAGUAUUUUAGUUGAUGAAUAUGGCACAGACCCUAAUUGUGUCCCUGGUUUAUUGAAUAUGCUGCAAGCAUUUUGUACGCCGGCCUUCAAACAACUUGAAGAACAUAAUGGUCUUCGCAACCAUCCUGACACUGUCGACGACUUAUUUCGUCUUUGCCUCAGGUUCGUGCAGAGAGCACCUGUUGCCUUUUUACAGUGUCAGAUGUCUAAGGCUAUUCUCUGCUGUUCAAUAGCAGCAUGUUCUCUUGAUCACAGAGAUGCUAAUGCAUCUGUGAUGAAAUUUCUUGAAGAUUUAAUUAACUGUGCAACAGCAAAAGAACAUAAAGAUGACUUUGAGACACGACGCACAUUAGUCGAAGACUUACUACGAGAACAUGGCCAAACACUAGUGCACUCUCUCCUCAAUACGGCUGUCUAUUGUCUUCCUACUUACAUGGUCUCAGACGUUGCUGAUGUGAUCUACGAAUUGAUGCUCUUCGACAGACCGACCUUCUGUCAAUGGCUGGAAGUUACACUAAAAUCUUUACCAACUGAGAGCAGUGGUGGUACCAUUACGGCCACCCAUACACAGCUUACAGAAUUUCAUAAAGCUGUUACAAGUGCGGAGUCUGUAAAACAAGUGUGCAAUGCUGUGAAAGAAUUUGCCCGCCUCUUUCGCAACUGAAAACAAGGACCUGAAUAGCAAUGGAGAAAAAGAUCAGCUUCAAGUAACUUCUGCUAUGUGCAGUGAGGAAAUGCAUGUGCACACAGACAUGCAUACACACAGAGUUAUAUACACAUAUACAUUUUUACACAGAGUAAUCUAACUAAUAGUUUAAAAAAUAAGAAAAGGAUAGAACAGUACUUGUUUUGCUAAACUGAAGGAUCUGAGAGAGAAGAAUGACUAUUUUAGAGAGAAAGAGACACCCUAAUACCCUGCAAAAACCACCCUUAAAUAAAGCCAGUCUAUUUCAAAUUG